GGCAGAAGCAGUCAUUAAGGUGUUGUCGAAAUGAGCCCUGGAGCUGUGGGCUGUUCCCUAAGUUCGGGGUUUUAGAUUUUCCAAGGGGCGGACUUCUUAUUGGCCAUGGGAUCAAGUUCCUGAAACUGGCCUCCUUUACCUUGAAAAAUGUCCUCGUAACGGGCGGCGCCGAGGAGCUUAAGUGUAGUAAUUCCCACGCAGGAGAGAACAUGACGAAGGUUCCUCAGGGGUUUGAUUUCAGUUUCUUAAAUGACGAAGAAGCCAGGAAGAUCCUGCAGGUGCUGGAAAGGAAUGAGGCGCUGCAGAGGGCAGAGAAGGACAGGAUCAGCAAACUCCAGAACACAAAGAGGGAUAUCAGAUGGCUUCAAGGAGUGACUGGCGAAUGGUUUGAAGAAAUUCAAAGAAAAAAGUUUUGCAAUGAAGCAGAUGUUAGCCAAAUGUUGAAACAACCACUUACAUACAGGCUAAGGAAGACAAUGGCAGAAAAUGAUUCCACAGAAUCACAAACAUCAAGAUCUAAAAAUACACCUCAUCAAAGAAACCCAACAUCCAUUUCUUCUCGGCUGAGCUUCAGAUCAUCCUUUGCUUCCCUGUUCUCAUUCAGAAAAUCCAGAAAGGAGACUUUCAAGCUUCAAUCGCUAGGACAGAAAGGAUGUGACAGCCAUGCAGGAGCUCCUGUGUCUGUGAGGCAAACCAUUACGCAGGCAAAAAUACACAACUCACCUCUGGAAAAUCAACCAGUUGAUGGUGUAUUUGUCCCAAGGCCAACAAGCAUGAGGGAGGGAAGUGGCAUGCCCCCGUGGGAUGCUUCACUGCUGGAAAAUGAGUUCUUCCAAGUUUUAGAUGAUUUAGAUCACAAACUGGCUCAGGAACAAUGUUCAAGCUCGGUGAAGACCGCAACACCUCUUAACUACAGAUCAAAAACACAGUUCAGUCACUUUUGUUCUAAUAUCACAGGACAGCACAAAAACCACCAUAAUGGACCUUCUAACAUGUCUAUCUAUGACAUCCUAAGACCAGGAGCCCCGAGGGAAGGUUUUAAAACUUUCUCUCCUAGAACAAGAACAAUUUAUGAUAUGUACAGGACAAGGGAGCCCAGACUCUUAAAAGAAGAUUAUGUGCAAAAGAAUACCUUUGGUAGUACUUCUCUGUGUUUUGACAGCAGACAACAAUCAGCUUCACCAGCCACAAGAUAUUUCACAGCAAGAAGCUUACAUUUUCCAGCCAUCACUCAGAACAAGAGUGGGUUUAUACCACCAAGAUACCAGCAGAGCCCAAAGAGGAUUCCUCUCUCAUCCAUCAUAUGGAAUAGAUCAGACUCUUCUGGAGAUAGGCAGCCCCAGGAAGAGUUCCUGAGGGCACCAUCACCAAUGGAGAUUGACACUGCUGACCAGUACAUGUAUCCCAAAUUUUUUCAGGAGAAUAGGAGAUGUGAAUUUUACCAUUCACAGAGUGUUCACCCAAGUGUUCAUUUUAAUGCCCCCAUGGAUAAUGCAAUGAGUCCUGACCCGUUUGAGAACUCAGAGAAUAUGCCAUUCUACCAUCAAGAAAACUCAUUUGCUAGGUCUUUCUCAAGCAAUACCUUUGGACGAACCAGGGAACAGAGAUUUAGACAAAGUCCUUUUUGGGACCAACAGGAAGAACAUUCUUCCUGGUCUGACUUCCAUCAAAGCAGGUAUCCAUUCACUGCUUCUGACAGAGACUUCGAAAUGAUUUCCAUUGAAGCAAAUAAUACAUUAGCUGCCCAUGGCCACAGUGUUCCUUCUCAACACUGGGGAUCAUUUUCUCCUGGUUACAGAACACAUACAUUCAGAGAUCAAGCAGAGCCACAUUCCUGGCAGUUUGAUUCUCAAAUGUCCACUCUGGAGAGUAUGGAGGUGUCACAAGGUAAUGGAAGCCAGUCGACUCAUUUCAGCACACCAAAUGUUUGCCCUAUGACAGGGCCAAGCUAUCAUAUCAAAUCUGGGAGGUCAGUAGGUCAACAGGGCAGUCCUCCCACAGAUAUACACAUAAACAAAGAACCUUACUCAUUUGAAAUUGCUCAGACUCUAGCAUCCCCAUUUAAAACUUCCUUCUCCCAAAUUUCUGAUGACAGAACGAAUCCUCAGAGUCCUGUCUUUCAGAAUCCCACAGUCACUGUGCAGAAAAUUGAGUCUGCCUCUCUUCCAAUAAAAACCUAUACAGAAGUCACUGUGACCAAGAGGAUUUCUGUUGGUUCUCCACCUCUUACUGAGAGCCCACCCAAUAUCUUGGUCACAGAAGUGAAUAAUGAGAAAGACUUGAAUGAAUCUAUUUUGGAAGAAGACAAACAGCUAAACAAGAAGGACCAGACAAACAUGACAAGUGAAAUACCCCAACAUGACUCACAGACUGUAAUCUCUAACCCUUCCCCUGAUGCUCGAAAUCCCCUCUCCCAGGACUCAGCCAAGAACAAAGGACUUGCUCUUAACACACCUACCACUGUAAGUUCCAGAAGGUCACCCGGAGUUGUUUCUAGGAAAGAGAUAUCCAAAAUUCAUAUAUCACACAGAGAUAAAUCCAAUGAACUAAAAAAAGAUAAGAGUUAUACUGGGAGUAGAAGAGUUGGCUCAACAACUUCCCUUCCUUUCAUUCAGGAAAGCAGAACAACAUCUUUUCCCAGCUCAAAGCAAGGUAGUCACCAGGAAGUAAGAGUAAGCAAUGAAGAUAUUUCAGGCAUUAUUAGAAAUAACCACUGGAGCUCUGAACUUGCUGAUAAUCAAAAUGCACAGUCUCCAGAAAAACCUGCUAGUUUAGAUACCAAGGAAGAACAAUGUGCCACAACUCAUUCUACGAACCGUAGCAAAUCAGCUGCUAGUCACAAGAUCCCAUGUGAUCCUUUAGGUCUGUCCUCAGGUAUACUACCUGAUUCCUCACCAUCGAAUAAUUCUUUCCUUGAUGCACUGGUGAUUCCUUCUACAAUGGUGUUCUCUAGGAACAGUCCUCCAGGCAAGGAUCCAUCUCUGGGAGAAAGAGAACAAAAAGACAAUGAUAGCAAAACCCAAAAUGAUCAGUUUGCUUUAAGCCCCUCAGAAAACCAAAAGAGUAAUGCUAAUUGUAUGCUUGUACAUAAUGAGGAGGUUGAUGCUGUCAGAGGCCGUUCUCACCGUCCUUUCACAGAUGGAAAAGAAAAAGGAAAAAUAAGACGAUGCAUAUCCUGUUUUGAAAAGUUAAGUAAAACGGAAGGUAGGUCAGCACCUUCAAGUGAUAAUAGUAACCUCAUUGAGAUGAAUCAAAGCAAUUCCAAAUGUCCUAAGGUUCAUACAACUUACCACAGCUCACCAAGAUCAGCCAGUUUUCUCAUCAAUAACAGAAAGUCGGGAGGUAAGAUAAUGGCUUCUUCAUUUAGGAAUGAACCACUUCCAUUCCAAAUCAAAAAUAAUGUGGAAGACCCAACAGGGAAGUACACAUCAAACAAAUUCAGUUCCAGUUCUUUGGAGUCAGAAAGCAAAUAUUCCAAAGCAGUUUCAGACUCAAUCUCAGUAGCACCUGAAGCCACAAAGCAGAUGACAAAUAUGAAAACCAUUGGAUUUGCUUCUGUUAGAAAAGGACCACUUCCGUUCCUCAUCAAAAGGGCUGUGUCAUGUCCUUUAGGGGUACCAGAUGCCUCAAAUGGGAAAGAUGAAAGAGAAAAAUGCUUGCUUUCAAACACAGAUGCUUCUGCUCUAACACUAAAACCUUGGGAGACAAUCAUUAGCCCUCUAGAAAAUAACUCCUCUGUUAGAGAUUGUUCUUUACCCAAAAGACACCACCAAAAGGAAAACUUUCGAGAAGGCACUGAAAAAGAUGGUAAAAUUACUACCUCUGGGAUAGGUCUAUUUUCCCUUUCAAGUGAAGACCCUUUACCUUUUACUUCAGACAUGUCAAUAAAAGAAAGUGGGAAAGCAUUACAUAAAUUUAAGACUACUAGCAUGUUUUCCGUUUCUGGUGAUGAAGAUAAUGUAAAAUGUCUUGAGGUGGUUUCAAUAUAUUACACUCUACCAAGGAAAUACAGCAAAAAAUUCUGUGACAUUCUUGAACAGUAUACACAGCAAAUCGAUUCACUUACAGAAUCAACUAAAGUGGAGACUGAAACAUUUCCUAGUGCUUUUGAAAAGGACAAACUAAAUUAUUCUACACAGGAGCAGUCUGGAACAUCUUCUUCCAAAGGUCUAGAGGUGCUGGUCAGCUCAACUCAGGAGAAGAGCCAUUGCCUUUCUCACACCACUGAGGAUAUGACUGCUUUACCAGGCCUCAGGCCCUCCAAGCCAACGUUACAGGAGAUGGCUCCUGAGACAGGUGUUACCUCUCACAAAGGAGAAUCGAAAACUAGAGAGAUUUCCCCAGAUAACUUCACUCAGACACCUGUAGGUGAUUCACAAAGCAGAAAGGAGAAAGGGAAAAAAUGGCAAAGUGAAACCCUGCAUCCUUCAUCUAUGCUUCAGGUAAAAAAAGGUACAGAAGAGAAAUCAGAAAAUUGUCAACAGUCCAUUAAAUCAGGUAACAGCGGUCCUUCUAAUCUUCCGGCUCAUUCGGAAGAGGAUGCUGGAAAUUCCCAAACCAUAAGAAGUUCCGGGGAGUGUGCAGGGUGUGGGAUGGCCAUUACAGCUACUGAAACUGCAGAAUGCCUUCAGAAAGCUAUCACAAGUGUAGGUAUGGUUGGAAGCACCAAUGGAUUGCAGCCUGGGCAAGUAAGUGGGGAAAUUGGAACAGAUUUCCAAAAAGAGACUAAUAAAGCACUUUCUGACUUGGAAAGCCAAGUUUUUGCCCUUAUGCCAGCUUUGCAUAAACUACAGCUUGACGAAGGGACUUGUUCAGGUGAACCAGAUUUAGACACUUUGCAGUCUGAACCUCAAAGGAGUCAGGAGAUAAGGAUGACAGAGGAUGGCAAAGCUGAAGACGAAAGGCAGAAGUGGGCAUGGGAUCAACCUUCAUUUCCUAUAGGAAGCAACAAAAAUAAGACCAGCGUGGAUAACCCAGAAAAAGGGAAAAACAGAUCUUUCGUUAAACACAAAUUGGCAGCCAUGUCCAAAGCAAGCAGAAAAUUCCCAGCUAAAGAUUUAAGCCCCAGAAGACAUGUAGCUACCAUCUUCCCCCAAAGUGGGAACAGUUCUGCCUCUGGCAGUCUAUCUCUUGGCACACCUGAGUGCAACCCGCUGUCCCCUGAGCCUACUCGAAAGUCCAUAGACUCCAGCAAUGAAUGCAGGUUGAGUAGUGAUGGAAUGGAUGUGGAGAAAUCAGAGAACUCUCUCCAGGUUACUGUAACAUCCAACCGAGAAGCUUCUACACGUUCAAGCAAUCAGAAUUCUAAUGGCAUUUCACAACUAUGUCAGAAGGAGUCUAAAAAUAUCUCAGAAUCAUCAUCACAGUAUCAGAAGUCUAAAGAUGUAGCAGCAGCUCAGACUUUGGAAAGAGAGUCAGGAGACUUGGCCCAACCCACAUUCACCAGCCUCGGGGAAACAGACUCCUCUGACCCUCAGGGAAGACUGAACCCUCCUUUUCCAUUGGAGCCUGCAGAGAAAUCCAGAGUAAGCAUCCCACUGGCCACUUAUCACCAACAACAAAGAAGUGCUUCAUUUCUGGAGUGGGAGCCUGAAUCCCACUCCUAUCGUUCAAACAGUUUAAAAAGCAUCAAUGUGCAUGGUCAUCUGGUACGCAAAAGUCAUCCUCCCAAAGUCAGGGAGCGCCAUUUUUCUGAGAGCAUGUCUAUUGACAAUGCCCUCAGUCACCUGACCCUUGGGAAUGAAUUCUCUAGCGAUAGCAGGUACAGUCGAAGAUUCAGAUCCUUUUCUGAGCUUUCUUCCUGUGAUGCAAAUGAAAAUCGGACUUUGUGUAGCAGCAGGACAAAAAUGGGUCCCAAGUUUUCAACAUCUAUAUCCCGACCCAUUGACUAUGGAAUUUUUGGAAAAGAACAACAGUUGGCUUUCUUGGAGAAUGUAAAGAGGUCACUCACACAAGGAAGAUUAUGGAAGCCAAGUUUUCUUAAGAACCCUGGCUUCCUGAAAGAUGGUGUAACUAACCCUCCUAAUCCAACAGAGCUAUCAAGCUCAAAUUCUCCUAGCAACCAGAUGCCAGAAGAUGCCUUAUCUCCAAGUGCACCACUUAAUAUCUAUGAAGAGAAUCCAGGAGACUCAGAUUGUGAUACAGACACGACCACGGAUGACGAAUACUAUCUGGAUGAAAAUGACAAAGAGUCAGAACUGUGAGCCCUCUUCAGUAAAAUGCAUAACCUUUCCUCCAAAAGCUUGUGAUGGAAAUAAAGUGUAAAUGUGUAUGCCCUUGAGAAGGACAGUAUAAAAAAGAUCUGGUCUGAGCAGCGCCUGCUCUGAAAAACCCAAAUUCACUUUCCUCCUUUCCCCACGCCAUAUACCUAUGCUUUCUAAAUUCUAGAAUGAAUGAAUUCUUAUUUGGGGGGAUUCUCUACUGUUUGCUCUCUGUGUAUAUAUUCUUGGCCUCUCUCCCCUCCCCCGACUUAAUCUCUAAUUCACUGUCCAGUUUUGGCUUUCUGCUUUACUUUCUCCCUAACUUUUUUACACCUUUCAUUGUGAUUUACAGCCCUAAUAUCCCAGGCACAUGCCAAACUAAUAGCUUGAGUAAGUUAUUAGUUACAAAUUUCUGUAUUGCCCCUUCCAAUCCACACCCUAUAUUCAUGACAUUAAAUAAAGUGUAGGGAUGAUGACAAUGGAGGAUAUGUUAUCCUUCUGUUUGACCUAGAAUUUAGGAGGUUUAGGGUUGGUGGGUGUUAUUUUUCCUUUCAAACAAAGAUAAGGGAAGUUUCAUAAGGGCACUCUGUUAGAUCCAUAGUGAAGCCAGGGAGGCAGAUGUUUGAUGUAUUUAUUGAAGUUAUAGAUGAGAAGCUGAAUCCCUAUUAAGCCAAAAAUAUUAGUACCACUUAGGAAUACCUUUGAAGAUAUUUGUAGGGAUUAGCUGACUUGGUAAAUAACUAUGUUAUUACUAUCCUGAAUUUUAAUCAAGUCAAGGACUCAGGCCAGGUAGCAUGAUGGUACAGAAGGUGGCUUGGCCACAGAAUUUCCUGUUUAGGAAGUGAGCAUGACUGGGGAUGCAGGUAAAUAGACAUCCUUCACGGGACUGGCAUCCUCACUGCAGCCCUCUCCCUAACUGGUUUUCCCCGCUUCUCUGGGACUACUCAUUUCUGGAUUUUCUUUAUUUGCAGGAUAGAACACUUUAUUUCAUGUGGACAUUUUAGUUAUGAAUAUCAAGCAGUAGCUUUGGCCAAGCUCCUAAAAUCCUGCUGACUCAGAUCAGACACACCCGCAUUCACUGGCUUCUUUGCAGAAUAACUUACCAAACCCAUGGGAAGUUGUAAGGCAGAGCUUCUAAGGACAUAUCACUAUGAUUCCUUUAAUAAUUUAUCUAAACUAAAUACUCUUCAUACCCACUGAUAACUUGUUUUUCUAAUUCUUUAGCUGCCAGACAGAACUUCUGGAACUUGCCCUCCUUAUAGGAUAAACACCAAUAGAUGGCAAUGAAGAUAAUUCUCUAGAACUACAGAAAACCUGCCAUCUGGGAUCUUAGUGCUACUAAGGUCCCCAGGAGUGGAUUUCAUUAGGAUUGCUUUAUAUUUGCUUCCUGAUCCAAUUCUGUUUCCUAUUUUUCUCACCUAGUCUGUUUCAUCCACAUAAAUUAAGGAUAAUGAUAGUGUUGGUUAAGCAUACAGAGAUCUGGAACUGAUAGAAAUGCAAGAAAGAACUAUGUUAUUUUUAUCCUCCUAACCAUUGCUAUGCCUGGAAGCAAAAUACCAGGGGUGGUUACAUCCUUCCCAUGAAACUCAAAACUAAUAAACAUGUGGUAACUAACAUGAAAGCUAUUCCUUAAAUCUGUAAAUUGUUUUAAAGUCCAGGCUCUGACCAAUAUCAAGCUGAAAGAGACUGAUAAAAGGAUUUUAAAUCAACUGUUCUGAAUAUUUCAAUUUAAAUGGUAAAGAAUAACAUUAUAUUCUUUUUUAAUUUAUGUUUGUAGAUUCUACCUUUCCCCUUCCCCUACUAUUUAUCUGAUUAUUUAAGUGCAAUUUUCAUAAACCACAACUUAUGCUUCCCAUAUAACUUGAAAAUAGAGUUUACAUUUUAAUAUUAAGCUUCUUAAUUUUUGAAAAACAAUCAGCUCCCAAGUUCCAUUUCAGUAAAUACUCAGAGUUACAUGUAUGUUACAAAAGGUGAAAUGAAGUUAGCUUAUUUUUCACUGAGUUUAGGAUAUAUCAACAGUUAGUUAAGCUGAGAAUAAACAAUUACUCUGAGACCUUCCUUCUCUAGAUUCUCUAGAAUCUCCUAUUUGAAUUCAAAGGUAAUUAGUGACUGAUGCUCACUCACACUGUUUGUAAUGUUUGCUUGUUGGCCUGGCUCAAGAAUCAAGGAAACAGAAAAUUCAUAAAAAUAGUACCUUCUAGGGGUACGUGGAUGGGUCAGUUGGUUGGGCAUCUGACUCCAUUUCAGCUCAGGUUGUGAUCUCAGGGUCGUGGGACCGAGCCCCAUACCAGGCUCUGUGCUCAGCAGAGAGUCUGCUUGAAGAUUCCCUCUCCCUCUGCCCCUCUCUCUUCUCUCCCUCUCUCAAAUGAAUAAAUCUUAAAAAAAAUACCCCAGCACCUUCUAUAGUUUUAUACUUUUAUAGAAUACUUCGUUAAAGAAGUAGAGCAAAUUUCUAUGUAUUUUAACAUAUAAAUCGCUGCUUUUCAGUAGUCAUUUUUGGUACAGCUAUAGUAAUUUAUAAUAGUCAUUUUUAUGCCCCUUACUGUGUUCUAAAGAAUAUAGUCAUUAUUAAAAUAAAUAUCCACAUAAAUGGAGUAAAUCAUGAGGGAAUCCAUUUUAAUAAGUACCUUUAAGUUAUUAACUUGUUUAGAUAAUGGACUUCAAUUUUACACUGUAAAGUUUAUUUAAAAUGGGCCUUGGGCACCUGGUUGACUCAGUUGAUAGAGUGUAUGACUCUUGAUCUUGGGUCAGGUCUUGAUCUCAGGGUUGAGAGUUUUAAGCCCAGCAUUGGGUUCCACACUGGGCAUGGAGCCUACCUGGAAGCAGGGGCAGGGGGGGCACUUAAUGAGAUUAUUUUAAUUUUUAGAGACCUCCUUCUAAAUAAUUUACUCCCUUACAUUUGUAAAUACAUUGAUGUUAAUAAAACUUCCAAAAAAAAAAAAAACUUCCAACUGCUACUAACAAGGUUUUGACUGAUUAAAAGUGGAUAAAAACAGUUUUGUGUAGAAGGUAAAUGUAUGCCUGUACUAGAGGUAGUGAAAGUAAGUCCACUUAGGUUACAAUGAAGAUGGAAAUAAAAUGGAAGAACUCCCACCCCCAUAAAAGCACUCUAUGGAAUGCCAGAAGGUUAAAGAGGACUUACUGGUAAGAGUUUAUGGUUAACAGUAGUGAUGAUGCUUUAGAAUAUCCCAUUUACAUGUGUAGGAUAAAUAUGUAAAUAUUUUACUUUCCCAGCAAGUUUCUGAACGUAUUACCACUCGGGGGCUCUUUGUGACUGGUACACCUGUGUUUCUGAAACAAGCCUUAUGCACUUUUGUUAAAAUGUCAAAUAAUACUUUUAUGUAAUUGUUCUCAAUCUUGUUCUGUAGAUAAAAGUGUUACAAGACAAGGUGCCAACUUAGAACAAUGCCUGUGUUGAAAUAAAUGAUUUAAACAGA